AAUGGCCUUUCGAAAAUAUCGCCUAAAAAUUACGAAAAUGCCCUCCGGAAUAAUUCGACCAAAUUUCAGUCCAAAUCGGCCAUUACUAGACUUCGUCGUUGGUGGAGAGUUCCCUAAUGCCGAAUCUGUGAUCCAUCGCCUUCAAAAUCCAAGGAAAAUGGCAUUUCCAAUAAAUCGCCCGAAAUCGAUGAUGGUACCCCUUUGGAAUUUGGCAAAAUUUGCCCCGGAUAUUUUUAGCCCGAAUUGGUGUUUAAUAGACUUAUUCUUCUCUAAAGAAUAGUCUUAGGUUGAAUCCGUGAUCUGCACCUUUCAAAAUCUAAGGAAAAUGGUCUUUCGAAAAUAUUGCCUAAAAAUUACGAAAAUGCCCUCCAGAAAAAUUCGAACAAAUUUUUGUCCAAAUCGGGCAUAACUAGACUUAAUCGUUGGUGGAGAGUUCCCUAAGGCCGAAUCUGUGAUCCAUCGCCUUCAAAAUCCAAGGAAAAUGGCAUUUCCAAUAAAAAUCGGUGAUGUUGGAAUCUAGCAAAAUUUGCCCCGGAUAUUUUUCGCCCGAAUCGGUGUUUAAUAGACUUCUUCGUCCCUAAAUAAUAGUCUCAGGCUGAAUCCGUGAUCUGCACCCUUCAAAAUCUAAGGAAAAUGGCCUUUCGAAAAUAUCGCCUAAAAAUUACGAAAAUGACCUCAUGAAAAAUUCGACCAAAUUUCUGUCCAAAUCGGCUAUUACUAGACUUCGUCGUUGGUGGAGAGUUCACUAAGGCCGAAUCUGUGAUCCAUCGCCUUCAAAAUCAAAGGAAAAUGGCAUUUCCAAUAAAUCGCCCGAAAUCGGUGAUGGUACCCUUUUGGAAUCUGGCAAAAUUUGCCCCGGAUAUUUUUCGCCCGAAUCGGUGUUUAAUAGACUUAUUCGUCCCUAAAGAAUAGUCUCAGACUGAAUCCGUGAUCUGCACCCUUCAAAAUCUAAGGAAAAUGGCCUUUCGAAAAUAUCGCCUAAAAAUUACGAAAAUGACCUCAGGAAAAAUUCGAACAAAUUUCUGUCCAAAUUGUCUAUUACUAGACUUCGUCGUUGGUGGAGAGUUCCCUAAGGCCGAAUCUGUGAUCCAUCGCCUUCAAAAUCCAAGGAAAAUGACAUAUCAAUAAAUCGCCCGAAAUCGGUGAUGUUACCCUUUUGGAAUCUGGCAAAAUUUGACCAGGAUAUUUUUCGCCCGAAUCGGUGUUUAAUAGACUUAUUCAUCCCUAAAGAAUAGUCUCAGGCUGAAUCCGUGAUCUGCACCCUUCAAAAUCUAAGAAAAAUGGCCUUUCGAAAAUAUCGCCUAAAAAUUAAGAAAAUGCCUUCUGGAAAAAUUCGACCAAAUUUCAGUCCAAAUCGGCCAUUACAAGACUUCAUCAUUGGUGGAGAGUUCCCUAAGGCCGAAUCUGUGAUCCAUCGCCUUCAAAAUCCAAGGAAAAUGGCAUUUCCAAUAAAUCGCCCGAAAUCGGUGAUGGUACCCCUUUGGAAUCUGGAAAAAUUUGCGCCGGAUAUUUUUCGCCCGAAUCGGGGUUUAAUAGACUUAUUCGUCCCUAUAAAAUAGUGUCAGGCUGAAUCUGUGAUCUGCACCUUUCAAAAUCUAAGGAAAAUGGCCUUUCGAAAAUAUCGAAUAAAAAUUACGAAAAUGCCCGCCGGAAAAAUUCGACCAAAUUUCAGUCCAAAUCGGCCAUUACUAGACUUCAUCAUUGGUGGAGAGUUCCCUAAGGCCGAAUCUGUGAUCCAUCGCCUUCAAAAUCCAAGGAAAAUGGCAUUUCCAAUAAAAAUCGGUGAUGUUGGAAUCUGGCAAAAUUUGCCCCGGAUAUUUUUCGCCCGAAUCGGUGUUUAAUAGACUUAUUCGUCCCUAAAUAAUAGUCUCAGGCUGAAUCCGUGAUCUGCACCCUUCAAAAUCUAAGGAAAAUGGCCAUUCGAAAAUAUCGCCUAAAAAUUACGAAAAUGCCCUCCGGAAAAAUUCGAACAAAUUUAUGUCCAAAUCGGGCAUUACUAGACUUCAUUGUUGGUGGAGAGUUCCCUAAGGCCGAAUCUGUGAUCCAUCGCCUUCAAAAUCCACGGAAAAUGGCAUUUCCAAUAAAAAUCGGUGAUGUUGGAAUCUGGCAAAAUUUGCCCCGGAUAUUUUUCGCCCGAAUCGGUGUUUAAUAGACUUAUUCGUCCCUAAAGAAUAGUCUCAGGCUGAAUCCGUGAUCUGCACCCUUCAAAAUCUAAGGAAAAUGGCCUUUCGAAAAUAUCGCCUAAAAAUUACGAAAAUGCCCUACGAAAAAAUUCGACCAAAUUUCUGUCCAAAUCGGCCAUUACUAGACUUUGUCGUUUGUGGAGAGUUCCCUAAGACCGAAUCUGUGAUCCAUCGCCUUCAAAAUCCAAGGAAAAUGGCAUUUCCAUUAAAUCGCCCGAAAUCGGUGAUGGUACGCCUUUGGAAUUUGGCAAAAUUUGCCCGGGAUAUUUUUAGCCCGAAUUGGUGUUUAAUAGACUUUUUCGUCUCUAAAGAAUAGUCUCAGGCUGAAUCCGUGAUCUUCACCUUUCAAAAUCUAAGGAAAAUGGUCUUUCGAAAAUAUCGCCUAAAAAUUACGAAAAUGCCCUCCGGAAAAAUUCGACCAAAUUUUUGUCCAAAUCGGGCAUAACUAGACUUCAUCGUUGGUGGAGAGUUCCCUAAGGCCGAAUCUGUGUUCCAUCGCCUUCAAAAUCCAAGGAAAAUAGCAUUUCCAAUAAAAAUCGGUGAUGUUGGAAUCUGGCAAAAUUUGCCCUGGAUAUUUUUCGCCCGAAUCGUUGUUUAAUAGACUUAUUCGUCCCUAAAUAAUAGUCUCAGGCUGAAUCCGUGAUCUGCACCCUUCAAAAUCUAAGGAAAAUGGCCUUUCGAAAAUAUCGCCUAAAAAUUAAGAAAAUGACCUGGUGAAAAAUUCGAAAAAAUUUCUGUCCAAAUCGGCUAUUACUAGACUUCGUAGUUGGUGGAGAGUUCACUUAGGCCGAAUCUGUGAUCCAUCGCCUUCAAAAUCCAAGGAAAAUGGCAUUUCCAAUAAAUCGCCCGAAAUCGGUGAUGUUACGCCUUUGGAAUCUGGCAAAAUUUGACCGGAUAUUUUUCGCCCGAAUCGGUGUUUAAUAGACAUUCCGUGAUCUGCACCCUUCAAAAUCUAAGAAAAAUGGCAUUUCGAAAAUAUCGCCUAAAAAUUACGAAAAUGACUUCUGGAAAAAUUCGACCAAAUUUCAGUCCAAAUCGGCCAUUACUAGACUUCAUCAUUGGUGGAGAGUUCCCUAAGGCCGAAUCUGUGAUCCAUCGCCUUCAAAAUCCAAGGAAAAUGGCAUUUCCAAUAAAAAUCGGUGAUGUUGGAAUCUGGCAAAAUUUGCCCCGGAUAUUUUUCGCCCGAAUCGGUGUUUAAUAGACUUAUUCGUCCCUAAAUAAUAGUCUCAGGCUGAAUCCGUGAUCUGCACCCUUCAAAAUCUAAGGAAAAUGGCCAUUCGAAAAUAUCGCCUAAAAAUUACGAAAAUGCCCUCCGGAAAAAUUCGACCAAAUUUAUGUCCAAAUCGGGCAUUACUAGACUUCAUUGUUGGUGGAGAGUUCCCUAAGGCCAAAUCUGUGAUCCAUCGCCUUCAAAAUCCACGGAAAAUGGCAUUUCCAAUAAAAAUCGGUGAUGUUGGAAUCUGGCAAAAUUUGCCCCGGAUAUUUUUCGCCCGAAUCGGUGUUUAAUAGACUUAUUCCUCGCUA